AUGGGCCCUCCACCCCUUCCUGCUGGGUGGACUGAGCACAUCAGCCCUAAUGGACAAUCGUACUACUACAAUGCGGCAACACAGGAGUCAACUUAUGUCCGACCUAUGCCUGGGUUCCCUCCGGGAACUGUGCUCCCUACUCCGCCAGGACCGCAAAAGAAGAAAGAGAAGCCCCUCGAAAAGACACCGAUACCAGGCACCGACUGGUUGCGCGUCGUGACGACGGAGGGCAACACGUUCUACACGCACAAGGUUGAGAAGCGCAGUAUAUGGACAGUCCCCGACGAGAUACGCGACGCCGUGCAGGCGCUCGAGCACCAGGAGCAGGAGGCCCGCGCAAAAGCAGAGCAUGAGGCGAAGGAGAAAGCGGAGCGCGAUGCGAAGAGAGUCGAAGAGGAGGUCCAGAGGAUCAAGUCGGAGGUGCAGGGCAUGGUCGGGAAGCGAAAAGCGGAGGAGUCUGUGCCGGUCGACGAGCUGGUGAUCACGAAGAAGCCAAAAGUCGAUGACGAGGAAGAGGAUGAGGAUGAAGACGAAGAUGAAAGUGAGGAAGAGGAGGAAGAGGAGUGGCAGCGAGAAGCCGCUGCGCAGCUUGCUGCUGAGGCAGAGGAGGAAAGAAAACGACAGGAGGAGGAGCGAAAACGACAAGAGGAAGAGGAGAAGAAGUUGAAGGAGGCUGAGACAACAAGAGGGAAGGCUCAAUUAAACAUGCCCGAUCGAGUCGACCUGUCUCUUGACGAGGCUAAGGCACUAUUCAAGACACUACUCCAGGAAAAAGACGUCAACCCCCUCCACCCCUGGGACACCUCCCUCCCGCUCUUUAUCUCCGACCCGCGCUAUGUCCUCCUCCCUUCUGUCUCCGCGCGCAAGGAGGCAUUCGACGAGUACUGCCGCGACCGCGCCCGUGAGCGGCGGCAGUCGAACGUCAAAAAGGAGAAGGAGGCUGCAAACCCGAAGGAGGAGUUCGAGCGGCUGCUGCGCGAGGAGGUGAAGAGCACGCGCACGAGCUGGACAGAGUGGCGUCGACAGUGGAAGAAAGAUCGACGCUUCUUCGGCUGGGGCCGCGACGAUCGAGAGCGCGAGAAGCGAUUUAGAGAAUAUGUCAAGGAGUUGGGCGAGAGUGAGUCCCAGAAGCGCGCCGCUGCCCAGAAAGCGGAAGCGGACUUCUUCGCAUUGCUUAAGGAGAGCGGGAUCGCUAAACCAGGCGCGGUCUGGAAAGAGGUCAAGCGCACGAUCAUCAAUGACUCGCGUUACGAUGCCGUCGGUUCGUCCUCCUUGCGCGAAGAGCUCUUCAACACGUUCCUGAAAGCUCACGGUGCCAGCGCGACGCCAGAGCCGACUUCUCGAGACAAGCCCGAUUACAACGAGAAAGCGGAACAGAAAAUAGACGAGGAAGAUGAGGCAGAGCGCGAACGUACGAAGCGCGAGAAAAAGGAGCGAGCGGUAAGAGAGCGGGAGGAAAGGGUCAAGGUAGAACGGAGCAAGGUGGAAGCUGCCAUCGACCGCUCGCGGAUGGGUUUGACCAAGGAGGAGGGCGAGCUGGAGUUUAGGACGAUGCUCACAGAUGCCAUUCGGGAUCCACAGGUCACUUGGGACAGUGUGCUACCACAACUAAAGACUGAUCCCCGCUUCACAAACUCACCUUUGCCGCUCAACCAACAAUUACAUAUCUUCCACUCACACAUUGCUGCCCUGCGGUCAAAACAUCUCGCAAGCCUACACGCGCUCUUCGUUUCGCAUUCCCCCUCACUCGCCACGCCGUUCACCGAGCUGCCGGUGGCGUCUUUGAUCUCCUCGCUGCCCGUGACGAAGCUUGGCUUCGACGUUGACCAACUUGAGCAGGAGUAUGCCAAGUACCAGCGCGAGCGCACGCACGAGGCGCGGCUCGCGUUUGACCAAAUGCUCAGCGAGAACGCGUUCGUGGAGUUCUGGGGUCGGCUCGGGAAGAUCGGCGGGCAGGGCGUGGACCAGAGCAUCAAGGUGGACGAUCUCGAAGACGAUGCAGAGGAGGGGCAGGUCGACAUGAAAGCGCUCGCGAAGAACGUCGAUCUCAAGGAGAUAGUGAAGGUGCUCAAGAAUGACAAGCGGUAUCUCGUGUUUGACCACAUACCCGAGCAGCGAGAGCAGUGGUUGAGGGAUUAUUUGGCACAAUUACCUCCACCGAAGUUAUCUGUGCAUGUUUCAUAGCGGAGGCGGUGUCACAUUUCAAUUUAGACUGGCGGUGCCGAGUCAUCAAGCUCCAUUGGCACCAUCUGUAUUGAAUUGUUGUGAAUUGGCCUGCUUGACAACCGUGCGUAAGCAUAUGUCUACGGGUCUAUUCUUGUGAGACUAUGGUAUCAAGUACAUGGUCAUUGCCCCAGGA